AUGUCAUCUCCGGUCUCUCCGAUGUCCGUCUCCGAGAGAGGAGUAUGGGAUUCCAUGCUGGAAAUGAUUACCGACAAUUCUCGUGCCGACAUCCAGUGGCUAAUAGGCCGUGACGAGCAGGACCUUCAAUGGGUGGGAGACCUGAAAGCCAGCAUGUCCCAAGCGUCGCUUCCCACUGCUUCACCACUUUGGCUCCAAAUCAGGACCACACGCGAGCUGAGAGCAUGGGAAGCAAUCAGAAAGUCAUGCAUAAUACUCGUCGAUUGCGAUAUGCACUCUAAGUGGUGGUGGGAUUGCUUCCAUGCGUCUGAACUAUCGGCAUGGUGUCGCGAAUUGGCCAAUGAGUUGCGAAGUCAAUUCCACGAUCAAAAGGCCGUAGGCUCUCUGGCAUUCUUUAUGGGGGGCACGGCGCGUAAAGAAGGCGAAAAAUCCGGAAUCGUUGCUUUGAUCAUGAUGACGUCCCUAAUUUAUCAGAUUAUUGAUAUCUACGCGAGAAAAUUCUGCCCAGAUGAAGCUGGCCAAGUUCUGGCCUUUGAAAGCGCCAAGAGAGACGAUAUCGGGUACCUGUGCAACUUUUUCGGACUAUUGGUUCAUAAAGUGACCUUGGAACUCGAACUUACCUGUUUCAUUGACUUUGUUGGUCCAUAUGAUACAGAAAACGGGAUGGACACUGUCAUGGACAGCUUGAUUACUUUGGUGGAAGACCAAGCGAAGAAUCCGAUUCACAAGGCAUUCAAAUUGGUGUUCACUGGCCCAGGACCUAGGGGCGGUCCCCGGCUGAGGAUUCAUGAUCUCCUCUCCAAGAAGCGGCAUAUUGCUGCAUCCUAUUAUUUCAGGGUUCAGGCGGAUAAGGAACGGGGUUUUGAAAUGGGAUCCUAA